GUCUUUCGUAGUUUGUGUCUGCCUCUCGGUGAACUAGUGUAAUGGCAGUGAGGAUAAGUUUCGUUCUCGUCGUGGCAUUUGCCGCUUCGGUCUACUCUAUGGAUUUCUUAAAAACACCGGAAGUACGGCUUGCCGUCAAAGUUCUUGACGAGUGUAGUAGAUCGGACGGAUUUUCAUUAUGCAUGAAGAAAAGGGCGCUCACUGUACUGGACAGACUGGGACGUAUGGACAAAUUCACAUUGUUUCAAGGUCUGGAUCUCGUACGCGUAGAUGGAGUUCGAACAACGGAUAACACUAUCAGUGAAGAUCAACUGGAGAAAUCCUUACCCCGAUCGGCCGACGAAAAGGAAACCGCCCUUAAUACAAUGCUUAUGGAUAAACUCACCACCUUAAUGAAUUCCAGAAACCUACAAUUCACGAUGCCAAUUGCCGAUGAUGAAUCGGGAUUAGAAGAAGGAAGAAAAAAAAAGGGCAACAUGAUGAGCGGGAUGAUGAUUGGAAUUGCCGGAAAAAUGGCUGCCAUGAUCCCAAUAGCUAUCGCCGGUCUUUUCCUGUUGGCUGGUAAAGCCCUUAUCACUGCUAAGAUCGCCCUGUUGCUGUCCGGAAUCAUCGCACUGAAAAAAUUGUUCGCUAGCAAGAAUUCCGGUGGUGGUGGUGGUGGUGGUGGCGGAGGUGGCCACGGUGGUUGGCAAUCAGGGGGCGGUGGCGGUGGAUGGCAAAGUAGCGGCGGCGGAUGGGAUAAAAGGUCCCUUGAAACUGGCCAUAAACUGGCGUACAAGGCGUACAGUCCAAAAUAAAUACUGAUAUAAUGUACCUGCCAGUAUUAUCGAUUUUAAGUGCUCGAGUCAGUUGAAAUUUAAAAAACCGUAGAUCGAAUUUUCGAUCGAUUAACUUUUAGAUAUUUCUCUGUUGGAAGAAGGAAUG